AUGGAAGUUGAUCAAAAUCAGAUCGAAUUAAAAGGUGAAGUAUUUCAAGCGAAUCCGGCAACAGAGGAACGUUAUUUCGUGCAGGAUAAUUUGGAAGUUUUGGAAGAUUUCGAAGAGGAGUCUCUGCUAGACCAAGAGAACAGCCACGAACAAACCACCACUUGGAAUCAAAACGAGACCCUGGCCCUAAUAAACAUCUUCUCGCUGCACAAGGACAAGUUUAAAUGCUUCAAAAUCAAAAAGGACCGUUGGAAAUUGGUUUCGAGGGAACUGGCGAAAAUAGGCAUAGAAAAAUUACCGCAGAAAUGCGAGAUAAAAUGGCGCAACUUACUCAGAACCUACCGCAUAUACAAAAGCAGCGAUAGAUCCGAAGGGAAGUUCGAAUUCUUCAAUGAACUAGACGAUGUGAUAUCCAACGAUCCGCAAUUCAAAUACGUAUUAGAUAACGUAGCCAACAAUCCUAUCGAUAAGAACUCCCAGAAGUCCGAGCAUAAGAACGAUUUAAAGUCUAAGAUGAUUUAUCCAGUGCAGUUGGUCCAUUCCGAGUCAUCAAAUACCAACGAACCCCAAGCAAAAUGCAAGAACUGCAAGAGCAACAAACAGAAACGACACGAAGAACGAAUGGUACUGUUGAGAAGAAAGCUCGAACUAGAAGAAAGAAAGGUGAAAGCUUUCGAAGAUUACGUGCAAUACUUAAAGGAAUCUCACAGGAAUGCUUAA